GCAUGUGCGGUGUAGGCCCACUCGAACUAUGACAUUUAAUAUGAUUCUGUAUAUAAUGACCAUGAGUAUGUAUAAGACAUUCGGAAAUUCCUGUACACUAUGACUUCAUACCGAAUCUUUUGGUCCAUAGAGUGAACAAACCAAGCUCUGAAGGCUAUUAAGGUUGUUGAAAAAGAGCGGCAUUAAGCUUCUUUGUGGACGGGUCAUAGCUAUGGGGAGGGCUGGUAGAGAAGUAUAUUGUCAAGAACCCUCCAUGAAUUUCAGACUUCCUGACAUUGCAAUGGUCCAAGGAGUGACUUUAUAUCGUAAUUUUUGAUUAGAAGUAAUUUGUAUAGCUCUCUGUACAUAUGUAAGUAUUGUAUGUGUGCACGGAGAGCUUGUAAAAACAGUUGUAUGGUAUGUCGAUUAUAAUUGAUGGAUUGAUCUUGAAAUCGAUGUGAAAUCAGAAAACACUUGCGAAUAUAUUUUUUGCAUUUAAAUUUGACUGCCGCGUUUCAGUUGAGCUUUAGGAGCCACACUGAAAGCAUGAAGCCUUCUGCAACUGUCAAAAACUUGGUUCUACAUAUCGUAUUGUAUAUGCUUAUGAACGCGGCGACGGCAAAAAGAACUAAUACUAGUAAUAAUUCAACAGAUAAUCGGAGCGUCUUGAAGAACAGACUUUUAACGAGGAAGAAUCCAAAAUAUGUUGCGAGAUUGGACACACAGUCCCUUAAUGAAGCAAGUCUAGUGCCUAAUAUAGACAGCAAUAAGACAGAUGAUAUUUUGGACAAUUUCGUACAAAAAGUUUCGGCAAGCACAAAAACGAUUUCAAAUUUGACCAAAUUAAUCGAUAAUUCAACUGAAUUCGAGGAUGAAAGCGAAGAAUCAUCGGUAACUGAAGGUGAUAUACUUGUAGAUCGCAUGGAAGACGACGCUAGUAUUGAGAAAAGCGAAAUCGAAAACAAAACCGAAGAUGAUGAUGGAAGUAAUCGAAUGGGCGAGUUGAAGAACAAAUUUACACGUAGACCAUCAACCGGAAAACCAAUUAACACGAAUUCAUCUAAUGAUACAACAAUUGUCAUUGGGGCUAAUGAGCUUGGCGACUUUAAGAGAAAUUUCAACAAAUUAUUACGUGGGUCACUCGCUGAACCCGUAUUGACAACGGUAAUAAAAACCAAAUCUGUAUUGAAAGACGAUAAGUGGAUAACAGUUACAGAGAAGAGCUUCCUAUAUUAUCGUGAUCAAACAAAGCAACCGGAAAUUUCAAAAACUACCACCGAUAGCCAACAAGUUAGAAGUGAAGAAGGCCCAGAGAAAACGUUCAACAUAUACCCCGAUCCACAUAAAUUAGAUUAUGUACAAGUAAAUCCCGGUAUGCGUAGUGUUGACGAUGACACUUUACCCAGUAGCUGUGCUGAGGUUAUGAAGCAAAAUAUUGGCGCCCUUAAUGGAGUACAUACAAUAAACGUUUUUGGUUAUGGACCGACCGAAGUUUACUGCUUUGCCGAUCCUGUGGAUACGGGUUGUGCAUGGACUGUCUUUAUGCGUCGCGUAAAUACUGGUGAUUCAUUUGAUCGAAAUUUUGAGGAAUACAAAUUUGGUUUCGGCGAGCCACAUGAAAGUUUCUUCCUCGGCCUGGAACAUAUUUAUGCGCUAACAACCGAAAUAAAACAGGAAUUGGGUAUAUUUACGAAAUUUGAAACAAACGAUGUCGAAGUGGAAAAGUAUACAUACUUUGUAUUGGGCGAUGAAGAAACCGACUAUAGAGUGGAAGAGUUGGGCGCAUUUUCGAGAACAUCUGCAAUAAGUCGUCUAACGCGAUUUGCGAAAUUCUCUACACGUGAUAGGGAUAGUGGCGUUCAGUAUAAUAAAUGUGCACAGGUGCUCGGUAUGGGCUGGUGGUAUUCGGAAAAAUGUAAGAGCGCUAUUAAACUAAGUGGAGCACGUGCGUACCUAAAUGCCCCUACUAUAAUGGGCCUACGACCAAUAAACUGUCGCAUUUAGUAAGAGUGUGAGCGAUUCUAUCAACGUAUAAUGAUAUUAUUUGUCGGUGAUAGUUAAGAAAAUAUAACAAUACUGUAAUACAAGAAAAAUCUAUAUAAAACUAAGUUCUAGAAAGUAAGUGAUGAGAGAAUCAUUUUAAUUAAAACUUUUUCGCAAUCAAGAAACAAUUUGUAGUUUUUUAUAAAGGUUUUCCAACUUAUUGCAGAAAUCAAUAUUGUAUAUUGGUUAAUCUGAAUAUUCGUUAAUCUAACGGUGGAUUGCUUUCAAACUUCGUUGCUGUU